AUGGAUAUAGACCAUACAAAAGUAAAUAAUAAUUAUAUUAUUAUAGACAAUUAGAAUGAUAAAAUUGGAAUUCCAUCUUAAAAGAUUAAAGAUUUUGGAGCUUAUCAUGAUAAAUAUUAUUCUUUGGAUAUUGAAAUAUUUAGCAAUUCUAUUGAUAGUAAAAUAGUCUAAGGAUUAUGGGAAAGAUAUUGGGGUUUGAGAUUAUCUUAAUCUAUUCUACAGGAUAACCAAGUAGAUCUUAAUCUUGAUAGAGUUAGUUGUAUUUUGGAUAGUCUUUGUGUGAUUUGAAGGAAAAAUGUUUUAUAAAAUAUGAUCAAGGUUAUUUAGUGGACGAAUAAGAGAAAAAAGAGAAAUAAUAAAUUAAAGAGGCUUAGAAAUUCUCAGUAGAAUUAGCAGGUGCUUUACUUUCCGAGACUGUGAAGUAAAUAUUAUUCCAAUGA